AAAUUCUCAGUUUCCACAUCCCAACUAUCCUCCGGAAUCGCACCUACACUAUCACGCCUUUCAUCCUCUACCGCCUAUCUUUCAUCAGCCACUAUGCGUGAAAUUGUCCACUUACAGACCGGUCAAUGCGGAAACCAAAUCGGUGCCGCGUUCUGGCAAACAAUUUCUGGUGAACAUGGACUCGAUGGUUCAGGAGUCUAUAAUGGUACAUCAGAUUUACAACUUGAGAGGAUGAACGUAUACUUUAACGAGGCUUCUGGCAACAAGUAUGUUCCUCGUGCUGUUCUCGUCGAUUUAGAGCCAGGUACCAUGGAUGCUGUACGAGCUGGUCCUUUUGGCCAGCUAUUCAGACCAGACAACUUUGUUUUCGGACAAUCUGGAGCAGGAAAUAAUUGGGCAAAAGGUCACUAUACUGAGGGAGCGGAGCUUGUCGACCAAGUACUAGAUGUGGUGCGAAGAGAAGCAGAGGGAUGUGACUGUCUUCAGGGAUUCCAAAUAACACAUUCUCUUGGGGGUGGUACAGGUGCCGGUAUGGGUACAUUAUUAAUUUCAAAAAUCCGGGAAGAAUUUCCUGAUCGAAUGAUGGCAACCUUCUCGGUUGUGCCAUCCCCAAAGGUUUCAGACACUGUUGUUGAGCCAUACAACGCAACUCUUUCAGUCCAUCAGCUGGUUGAAAACUCCGACGAGACGUUCUGUAUCGACAAUGAGGCUCUUUACGAUAUCUGUAUGAGGACGUUAAAGCUUUCUAACCCUUCAUACGGUGAUCUCAAUCACUUGGUGUCUGCCGUAAUGUCAGGUGUAACUACCUGUCUUCGAUUCCCUGGUCAGCUAAACUCUGAUUUGCGCAAAUUGGCAGUUAACAUGGUUCCUUUCCCGCGUCUUCAUUUCUUCAUGGUUGGAUUUGCGCCCCUUACUAGCCGCGGAGCGCACUCUUUCCGUGCCGUAACCGUUCCUGAGUUAACUCAGCAGAUGUUUGAUCCGAAGAACAUGAUGGCAGCCUCCGACUUCCGAAACGGUCGUUACUUGACAUGCUCUGCUAUUUUCCGCGGUAAGGUAUCCAUGAAAGAAGUAGAAGAUCAGAUGCGAAAUGUUCAGCAAAAGAACGUAUCCUACUUUGUUGAGUGGAUUCCAAACAAUGUUCAAACUGCCCUGUGUUCUAUCCCGCCUCGUGGCCUAAAAAUGUCUUCAACAUUCGUCGGAAACUCGACUUCCAUACAAGAGCUCUUCAAACGUGUCGGAGAUCAAUUCACGGCCAUGUUCCGGAGAAAGGCAUUUCUGCAUUGGUACACUGGCGAAGGAAUGGAUGAAAUGGAGUUUACUGAGGCAGAAUCUAAUAUGAACGAUCUUGUCUCGGAGUAUCAACAAUACCAAGAAGCUUCUAUAUCGGAGGGUGAGGAAGAGUAUCCAGAAGAAGUAAGCAACGAAGAAGAAUAG